AUGGACGCAGAUGAUUUUCCAUCCUUCGGAGCAUACCAGAGAUCGCUGGAGCUUAAAUGCGAUCAAGGGGAACCCGGAUUUAUCCAAUGGACACCGGAUAAGAAUACACCGGAUACUGUUUACUAUCAUUGCUUCACUCACCGAUACUUGGGCUGGAAAAUUCACGUCCUGGACAGCUGCGAUCGCAAAGCCGAGGCGAGCGAGAUCAAGCCGGCAAUUGUCCCUGCGCCUCAAAGCAUUUUGGACAAAUUGGACACCGACCUAGAAGACAGUCCCUCUCUUCGCGUCGAGACAAGGGUAAAACAAAUUAAUAUUAUUACAGAAGACAUCGAAGAUAAAGACACUAAAUCAAUAAUUUCAGAGAAAGUAACUUCGGCACCUGUAGAAAAGUCAUCGGAGCAGUUACCAAAUCUAAAUCCACUUCAAACACCAGCACAGCAAUACUUCCACCUUAGAACUAGACCCAACUUCCAUUACUACCAACAGCCUGAGCACUUGCACUACUUCAAACCCAGCACUCUUCUGAACACCGGCCUUGAAAGCACUAAGACCAUUUUAGUACCUUCCACUACCAGCACUACUACAACCACUACCAUAACUACAACUUCUUCCGAAAAACCUACAACUCCCAAACUAGUAGAUAAUAUAGCCGUAGCUAGCGACAAUCUUGCCAAUGAGACUUACUUGGUCCCUCCUCCUCUUCACUAUCACGAAAACGUUAAUGUAAUUUACAGAAGACCGGUAAAUUAUUUACCAAUGCCAGUAAAGAUGGUGCCACAAGGUGCUUAUCUAAAGCGAUAUUAUGGAGGACCACAUGUAAGUUAUAAAAAACCAAUCCUUAGGGUGCCCAAUUACAGAUAUAAGCAGCCAGCUGUUUCUCCUUACAUAGUAUAUGUCAAACAGCCCCCUCUAACAACAAAAGCACCAAUUGAGAAUCAAGUAAGACCUUUUAUCGAAAAGCCUGUAUUUGAGGAGAUCCGAAAUAUAGAAAUUUCUCCCCAACAGGCUUCAACAGAGAAAGAACCUGAGAUACAAACCGCACCUAGCACAUCUGUUGCUGAUAUAGUACCAAAUUUUCUAAGACCGGCUUUUAAUACUGGCUUUAAGCCAGGUUCUAUAAAAAUAGAAAGUGGCUUUAAGCCAAUCAUAACUAAAGAAUUCCAAGACAGAAUAGACGAGGAUGAGCCUGUGGUGGAGUAUGAAAGUGAAAAGGGCGUUUUACAAAUAAACGAUACAGAAAAAUUUGAAACUAAACCUAUUCAUGCCUUUGAGCCAAUGUUUAUUCCUUCUCCUCCGUUUAAGCCAACGAAAGAAAAGAAAGUCAAGAUAACAAAAAGGCCUGUGUCGAAAAAAAGGCAACAAUAUACCAAAAUUGUUGUUAAAAGACCACGCAGCAUAUCGGAUAUUUUGGAGGAACCCAUAGCUGAGGCGAACGAAAGAGUCGAAAGCUAUUACCUUCCUCCUACUAACGCACAACCUGUAGAAGUGGUUCGGGAGCCCUCAAAUAUCGAUAUUGACGUACCAGAAUCAAACCCAAUGCUCGGUACUCCACCCGAUAUCGUAAUUACAUACGACGGUAAAAAACUGUCAGGUCAAAGCUUGACAGCCAAACUGUCAGAUCGACCGACCAUAGUAAGUCCAAGAUUGUCAAAAGCUUCGGCUUAUUUAACAGCUAGACCUCAAUUUGGAAGAUUCAGGGGAGAGUUGCCUCCUUUGAAUCUUGAUUUCAUAAAUAAAAAUGCGCCGCAACUGCAGAAUUCUGCUGGGGUGUUGAAUAGGGAAUUAGAUACACCUUUGCCUUCGGAAAAUGAGCAAAAAACCAUUUCGACAAGGCUAAGUAGGGUAAAAAGUAUUUAA